AUGGCUGAUGACCAUGGAGAAGCCGUACUCGUACAUGCUCCCAGGAAAGGAUACGAACCGAAGACAUGGUUUCAGAAAUAUAUACAAACAUGGCAGUACCACAAGGCACAGACUGGAUGGAACAUGCCUCAGGGAAUUGCGACUGGGAAGCAAUCCUUCUUUGGUAAGAUACUGCCUGUCCCAGGCUUGAUCAUUACAACCGUUCUUUCCGCCGCAAUCCUACAUGGCAUUGAUCAACCUCCAUUUAUCGACAAUGAUUUUUACGACUUCGUGUCCACACAUCGGUCUUCUACCCAAGCUGUUCUGAGCUUGUUGACUAGCGUCUUCAGUUUUGCACACCUUUACGUAUUGACUUCGGUAAUCAAUUUCUCAACAAGAAUUCUCUUGACGCAAUGGGCUCCGACGCUCGACCGUCUGAAGUGGUGGAAAGCCCUUUCGAAUAUCAGCAUAGACCUGGAUUUACCCUUCACCUUUUCAGCGCCCUUGGCCAUUGUUUGGGCCCUCACGCUUGGAGUAGGUUCACUGUGGACCGGUGCUCUCACGCCAAAUUUAGUCUCUCGCAAUAUUACUGCGGAGAUCUCGGUGCCUUUCUAUGCACCUGAUCCAGAUGGGCAAGCCUGGAAUCAAACAUGGACACCGAUUGCCCCACACCCUGUGACUCGCUCUCCGUUAGGAACUUUCUCCUAUACCCCUGCCUAUGACAGGGGUAACUCGAUGAUCAACACCGCCGCUGGCGUCAUAUACGACAAAGACGCCAAUGGCAAGCGUCCGCGGAGCGACAAGACUGGAUACACGUACAGCACACGCUCAUAUGGCGUAGGGUCAUCUCUAGGCCUGGCGCAAUCAUUCAGCAAAGGGUAUCGGCAUCCUAUGAUGUACCAGUACCAGGAAAUUGGCUACAAUGCCAGCGUCAUUUGCAGUGUCAACGCAAGUUCUCAAUGGGGCAUAAUGCCCCCUUCAGACGCUGUUCAAGAUGAACCACAAUACAUUCCGAAUAUCUACUGGGCAAAAGGUGCUACUCCUGAUGGAGCAUUGUUUUGGCAAUUGCAGUAUAGUGCGAUUGAUGACUCUAACGUUGUGUCCAUGAAUGCCCACCCCGAUCUCAACUCAACUGGGAAAGGAACUGUGGUAAUUGCUACAGGAAACACCCAGGUCGGACCCUAUCUGACCCUUAAUCAAACUCAAUGCAGUGUUGCGUUCAUUCCAACUUUAUUCGACAUUAGCGUCAACCUGUCCUCAUCAGUCAUCACAGUGGAUCGUGCAGGUUUUGCUCCCGACAUGGAUCCCACAGCCCAAAAUAAUGCGACUUUUACCGCGUGGAGAUGCCACACACUCCUGGAUACGCUCGCGAGUCUCGGAAACUCGACUACGGGGUGUGGCAACUACACUACACAAGGGCAACCCGGGUUAGGCAAUAUCGCAACCCGAGCUUUGCGACAGUUGAAUGAUCUCUCUGUGCUAGACACCUCAUUACACACGUCCAGCCUCGGAGAAAUGUUUCUCUCACUCAUCCAGAACGAGAUCCUAUACUACGAAAAUAAUACGAAAUACCAGGACUGGAACAUCACUGAUUUUGAUUCCGAUAUCUCCAGCCCGGAUAGCACCAAUAACGUCUCCAUUACCGUGUAUAGUAUCGAGCAAGGCCUCAAAUCUCUCAUCGACGACUCUCUGUUGGCCUUCGCGAGCGCCCAGCUAGUACUUCAUUACGAGAAUUCAUCCCAAGUAACAAACGGGACUCUCACCGUUGGCGCGGUCCUGGUUGGCACUCGAGGCUAUGUGUAUUCGCUGUUCACUUUCAACAUGCUCUUGAUCCUGAUCCUCAUUGAAGAGAUGUUUAGGACUCGAUGCUGGGCUAACCUGCCCCUCUUCGACUACAAUGAUCUGAAAGGGGUUAUUGUUGCCAGCUCGAUGGGUGGAAAGGAGCUCGCGAACAAGGUGGUCGCGGCGCACGAGGAACGCGAAUCAGUCUGGGUGGCUGCCCCUCAUGACAAAACUGCGAGUGGCAUACGGGUGCAAUUAAAAUGUAGGGAACACGGUUCGGUGGAAUUGGUCAGUGUUCAAGAACAUGGGUAUAAGUUGAUUGAAGGUGACAGCGAUAUGAAGUUUGGUUAA